AUGCUACUUCCUUUGGCUCUCUUAGUUUUCGUGGUAGAAAUCGAAGCAACACCGUCAGUUUACGCCUGUCCAUUCGCACCUUAUGGACCUCUUCCAGCCAUCGACUUUCGACUAGGAGAGGAUUGCCCACGUGACUCGUUUUUACACUACUACGCUUGUUGUGAUGAUAACCCAUACCAAUGUUGCUUCCACUUCGAGACGUGGGCGAUAGUUCUGUUUGCAAUUAUUUGCAUUGGAGCUCUAGCAGCAAUACUGUUCUUCUCCGGACGUCUUCUACUUCAACAACGAGGAUCCUCAUAA